AUGCAAGCCGGAUCGAAUUUUGUUGGACCUCGACCCACUGGUUCCUAUCCCACAAGCUGUGUCUGCUGGAAUUGUCAGAAACAAGUUGUUACUCGUGUGGAAAAGAAAAAUGGUCUGGUAACAUGGCUCAGCUGUGGAGGUUUAAUUCUGUUCGGCUGUAUUUUUGGUUGCUGUUUGAUUCCAUUCUGUGUAGAUGCAUGCAAGGAUACUGUGCAUAUUUGUCCGAAUUGUUCUACAGUUCUUGGCGAACAAAAAGUACUCUGA